AUGACAUUUCAAAGGGGAUUAUCACAAGCUGUAAAUAAUAAAUCAUCAAAUAACGAAAUAUACGGAGUAAUACCUUAUAUUGCACCGGAAAUAUUUAAAGGAUCCGAAUUUUCUAAAGAAGCUGAUAUUUAUAGUUUUGGUAUGAUUAUGUGGGAACUUACAACAGGAUGUAAACCUUUUGAUAAUGUUGAACAUGAUCACAGUCUUAUUUAUAAAAUUCUUGAUGGAGAACGACCCAAAAUUACAGAAGAUACACCAGAAUGUUAUGCCAACUUAAUGAAAAGUUGUUGGAAUCCUGAUCCAAAAAAAAGACCUAUUAUAAAAGAAAUUCGUUCAACUUUUAGUGAGUGGAUAUUUAGAAUUAAAAAUAAAGCAGAGUUUAUUCAAGCUGAAGAAAAUAGAAAAAAAUUGAUAGAAUCAAAGAAUAUUGGGCCGGUAUUUGCUGAAAAACGACAUCCAGGAGCCAUUUAUACAAGUAGGCCAUUAAGUGCUUUAAUUUCUAAAUGUUCAUCCAUCUAUUCAUCAACAACAAUUUCAUUUGGUAAACAAGAUUCCAAUUAUAUCUCAGAAUUACAGGAUGAUAAAGACACUGAAAGUUUAUCAUCUCAAAAUUUAAGUUUUACGAUUCAAAAUUAUUCAACCACUUUAGAUUCUAGUAGAUAUAUUUCAGCAGAAUUAGAUCUUGAUAUAAACACUGAAAGUUUAUCAUCUCAAAAUUUAAGUUAUUCUAGAUAUAUCUCAACAGAAUUAGAGCUUGAUAUAAAUACUGAAAGUUUCAGAUCACAAAAUUUAAAAAAGAGAAGAAAUGAAGAAUUUUUAAAUUUAGAAACUCAUGAUGAUAGUGGAAAACGUAUUAAAACUAAUUUCAAUUAUCCAUAG